CGCACCGGGCGCGGGCGAGCAGCGUCUGGAGGAGGCGGGCGGGGCGAGACGAGACGCGACGCGACGCCCCUGUGCCCCGCGGGGCGGAGCGGGCCGGCGGCCGGGGCUCGGGCUGCGCGAGGGCAGGUGCGCUGCGGAGACUUUUCCCCCCGGCAACUGGGGCCGCGGCGCCAUGGCGGAGGCGACCGUUGCCGGGGGCGGCUGCAGGAGCGGCACCGUCACCGAGACUGAGACCGAGACCGAAGUCACCGAGCCGGAGAACCGCAGCCUCACCAUCAAGCUGCGCAAGCGGAAGCCGGACAAGAAGGUGGAGUGGUCCAGCGACACGGUGGACAACGAGCAUCUCGGGCGCCGCUCCUCCAAAUGCUGCUGCAUCUACGAGAAGCCACGAGCCUUUGGCGAGAGCUCGACAGAGAGUGAGGACGAGGACGAUGAGGGCUGUGGCAACGCCCACUGCAUCCGAGGCCACAAGAAGGGCCAGGGUGGGCGAGCAGGCGGGGGAGGAGGCAGCGGCAGCCCCCGCAAGGCUGAGCCACCGGACCACAGCCAUGAUGGAGCCAUGGAGCACUGAGCCACCCCCUCCUCCUGCCCCUCAGGGGACCUCACCCCCUCCCCUCCCCUCCCUCCCCCGCAGAUGGACUGAUGGGGGCCAGAGCAGGGGACGCACGUGUUUCCGUCUGUCUGUGUGCCUCGUGGCCACGUGAGCUGCUGUUCUUGUCCGUCUGUUCGUCUUCGUGUGUGGCCAGUGAGUCCGUCUCGUGUCCUGGCAUGGAAUGUACUGAGCAACGGGGCUGGACGUGUCCCACCCCCACUUGGCUGAUUUCUCUCCGCUUCUCUAUUAAACCUUUGUAUCGGUGA